ACGUCACUAAAGUUUACAUGUGCGGCGUGACAGAAGAUGGCUGCGGGAGGCGAUCAGCAGCAAGCCCACAGACCUGGGAGUUAUAAACAGAAAAACAAAGGUCAUAAACAUGGCAAACACCGAACUAAAGGCGAGAUCGGGCGGGAGAACAAAGGUAAAGUUGCUGUCAUGGCCAUCACCAAGAAACAGAAAAGAGAGCUGAGGAAAAUGGAUCGCAGGAACAAAGCCAAUCAGCUGCGUCGUAACAAAAAAGACUCGGUGUUGACAGAGAAACGGAAGCUGGGUAGCAGGGAUGGACCUCCUCAUCUGGUGGCAGUCAUUGCUCUUCACUCAGGAGUGGACGCUGGAGCUGUGACAAAAAUAUUGAAAGCAGAAGUUGAUGGUGUAGUGCACGAAGAUCAAGGAGUCAGUGGGGCCGUGGAUAGUUUUGGUCUUGUGCUUCCACGUUUUAAACAGAGAUUCACCUUUUACAGGCCAGACAUGACUGACCUGCAUUCAGUCCUUGAUGUGGCAAAGAUCGCUGACAGUUUGGUGUUUGUGUUGGACUCGACCGAAGGCUGGGAUAGUUAUGGAGAAUACUGCCUCUCCUGUCUCUUCUCCCAGGGGUUGCCAAGUCACGCACUGGUGUGUCAAGGAAUAGCUGAUCUGGCGGUAAAGAAACGAACUGAAUCCCGCAGAGCUCUCUCCCGUUUGGUGGAGUCUCGUUUCCAAGAAGCCCGUAUCUUUCCCAUUGACACCGAGCAGGAUGCGUUGCUGUUGGUGAGGCAUCUGUCUGCACAAAAACAGAGGCGCCUGGCAUUUCGCUCUCGUCGCUCGCACCUGUUGGUUCAGAGUGCAACGUACAUCUCUAAUACCAGCCAGAAUGGGGCCACGGGGUUAGGGACCCUGUGUGUGUCAGGAUAUGUUCGGGGCGCUCCUUUAAAAGUGAACAGGCUGGUGCACAUCGCAGGCCAUGGAGACUUUCAGCUCAGUCAGAUUGAUGCUCCCUCAGACCCUCUGCCCUUAACAGCAGCACCCAGGCAAGCGAAACCAGGACGAGGAGGAGAGGUAGAGAUGAUGGAUGGUGCUGAUGGAGAUAUAAAUGGGGAUCGUAGCGUUCGGGUGUUAAUGAAAGCUGACCCCGAGGAGAGGGAGAGCCUGCAGGCGGAGGCAGAGGUAGACCCCAUGGAUGGGGAGCAGACAUGGCCUACAGAGGCAGAGCUGGAGGAGGCUGAAGAGGCCAGCAAGAAAAAGAAUGUGAUGAAAGUACCAAAGGGGACAUCUGACUACCAGGCCAUGUGGAUCAUUGACGGAGCGGAGAAGAAUGAGGAGGAUGAUGAUGAUGAUGAAGAUGUGGACAGUUGUGAUGAUGAUGAAGAUGGGAUGAUGGAAGAUGAAAUGGAUGCUGAUAACGAAUCUCAGGAUGCUGGCUCUGAAUGCGCUUCUGGGGAUGAUGACGACGACGAGGAGGAGGAGGAAGAAGAAGAAGAAGAGGAGGAGAUCAAUUCUACCGGACGUACUGGAGCUGAUCAAAAGUAUGACGAAUGUAUGGAUGAGGCAGAAGAGGGAGAGGGGCUGAGGAGAUAUCGAGAGGCACGUGCCAAUGAGAUGUUCCCAGAUGAAGUGGACACGCCCCUUGAUGUACCAGCCAAGACACGAUUCCAGAGGUACAGAGGUCUAAAGAGUUUUCGGUCCUCGCCAUGGGAUCCCCUGGAGAACCUUCCCCCCAACUACUCGCGCAUCUACCAGUUCCAGAACUUUGAGCGCAUGCGUCGCAGAAUGCUGGCAGAGGCUGCCAGUGAUGAGGAAGGCGCAAUGGUGGGCUGGUAUGUUAAUCUGCAUAUCGUGGAUGUUCCUCCCUCAGUAAUGGAGAGCUUCCAGGCUGGCAAACCUUUAGUGCUGGUGUCUCUGCUGCCACAUGAGCAGAAGAUGUCAGUUAUGCACAUGUUGGUGAGACAACACCCGAGCAAUACAGAACCCAUCAAGUCUAAAGAGGAACUGGUGUUUCAGUGUGGAUUCAGACGUUUCAGAGCCUCAGCUAUCUUCUCACAGCACACUUCUAGUGAUAAACACAAGUUGGAGCGUUUCCUACGUCCUGAUGCCCCCACAGUCAUGUCUGUCUAUGCCCCCAUCACCUUCCCCACAGCUGGUGUCCUGGUCUUCAAACAGAGAGACAAUGGAAUGCAGGACCUGGUAGCCACAGGCAGUCUGUUGAGCUGUGAUCCUAGGCGGGUGGUGUUAAAGAGAAUCGUCUUGAGUGGCCAUCCAUUCAAAAUUAACCGCCGGUCUGCCGUGGUCCGUUACAUGUUCUUCAAUAGAGAUGAUAUUCUGUGGUUUAAACCAGUAGAGCUACGUACGAAAUGGGGACGAAGAGGACACAUCAAGGAAGCAUUAGGUACUCAUGGUCACAUGAAGUGUGUAUUUGACAACCAGCUACGCUCUCAGGACACAGUACUGAUGAAUUUGUAUAAAAGGGUGUAUCCUCAUUGGACCUACGACCCGUAUGUGCCCGCACCUCUGCCCUGGGUCAAGAGAGACCAGCCGGUAUUUCAUGAUAUUGACAUGGAGUAGAUACAGAAAAUGAACUGAAGUCUAUGAACAUGCAUCUGUCACACAAUACUCAGAUAUCGAUAACUCUUGUUUGUACUUUCAUGGACUAUUAAAUAUCAAUCUCUACGUAUAA